GGGAAAGAGAAGUCCCAUUUGUUACUUAUUUCUGGUCUCGGAGUCGGUCGUAAUGUCUAUAUCUGCUUGCUUCUGCCCCGCUGGCUCACCCCAUUCUGCUUAGCUUCGUUUGCAGCUUGCCCUCCUCCACUUGCAGGAUCUCCGGGAAGUCUCCUCUAGUUAUUUUCCUUUGGUUAAGUUGCUCACUGACAACUUGCCACAGCACAACUUACUGAGGACACCAUGCACUCUGCGGAAGGCAAACAAUGAUUGCCAUCAUUUGAGAGUGUUUGUAUAAGUAGAAACAAAAAUGGACGAUGAAUCUAGCAGAUGCGAUAUCCCGGGGUGCACAUUCCGGGAUGAAUGCAAGCUCUCAUACCAAUAUCUAGAGAAAAUCACAAACAACUUCUCUACUGAGCGAGAACUUGGCGCAGGUGGUUUCGGUGUGGUAUACAAGGGAUUGCUACCAAAUGGAGAACUGAUAGCUGUGAAGAAGAUUAACCCAUUAACGCCUGGUUCUGGGAAGCAAUUUGAGAAUGAGGUUCAUCAUCUUUUGAGCCUUAACCACCCGAAUAUAGUGCGAUGUGUGGGGUAUUGCUAUGAAACACAACAUUUACGUUUAAAGUACGAGGGAAAAUACAUAUUUAUUGAGGCAAGUGAGAGGUUGCUUUGUUUGGAAUAUAUGCCUAAGGGGAGCCUUGAUUACCAUCUUGCAGAUGAAUCGCAUGGACUUGAUUGGCACAAGCGCUACAAUAUAAUUAGUGGGAUUUGCUAUGGCUUGCAUUACCUUCAUGAGGAGUGGCAAGUUAAUACUCCUAUUGUUCACUUGGACCUAAAGCCAGCGAACAUAUUGCUUGGUGACGAUAUGCUACCAAAGAUCGCGGAUUUUGGUCUGUCAAGACUUUUCAGUGCACAACAAACUCGAGUUCACACUGAAAAUUCUGAUGGAACACGUGGUUACAUGGCACCAGAAUACAUAAAUCACGGUACAAUCACAACUAAGUCAGACAUAUUCAGUUUGGGCGUCAUAAUCAUACAGAUAAUAACAGGGUACAGGAAGUACCCUUCACCUUUUGAUACAGAAUUGUCGUACCAUGACUUCAUUGAACUCGUACUUGAGAAAUGGAAAAAAAGGUUGGGAGCAGCAGCACUAGAAACAGACUACCAACAAAUAAGAAGUUGCCUGGAAAUGGCUCUAAGCUGCAUGGAAACUGACCCAAUGAAAGGCCGGCAACAACGGAAAUUCUCGAGAAGCUUAGUAGAUGGGGAUGCACCAAUUUCCAUGUUAGUGGUGCUGAAAGAUCACUAACACUUAGGGUAUGCCCAUUUUUUUUACAGGAAUGCCUUGUUGCGCUUUAUUGAUGAUUAAGCAGAGUCACAUCAUACAGGACAUCCGACAAAAUAUGACUAGGAGGAUCACCGUCCCAACUUACAAUGGUAUUAGAAUCAAAAGAAAAUUUUGCUAAA